GGGCGGAGCUCGGGGCGGCCGGCGGCUCCGGCUCGGCUCCCGGCCCCGCACCUGUGACUCUCCGCAGGCUGUGCUCGCCCUCGCGCCCGGCGCCCGCCGCCCAUGGCCCCGUCUCGCAGGCAGCUCGGCCUCCGCGCCGCCUACUCCGGCCUCAGCUCCGUGGCCGGCUUCUCCAUCUUCAUCGUUUGGACGGUGGUGUACAGCCAGCCGUGGACGGCGGCUAUGGGGGGACUCGCAGGUGUGCUGGCUCUGUGGGUCCUGGUGACGCACAUCAUGUACAUGCAGGAUUACUGGAGGACCUGGCUCAAGGGGCUGCGUGGCUUCUUCUUCGUGGGCAUCCUCUUCUCAGCUGUCUCCAUUGCCACCUUCUGCAACUUCCUUGUGCUGGCCAUCACCCGACACCAGAGCCUCACAGACCCCAACAGCUACUACCUGUCCUGCGUUUGGAGCUUCAUUGCCUUCAAGUGGGCCUUCCUGCUCAGCCUCUACGCCCACCGCUACCGGGCUGACUUUGCCGACAUCAGCAUCCUCAGCGAUUUCUGACGCAGGGGGUGAGAUCUCUGCACCCUGGGGUCCUCAGGACCUGGACUCAGCUUCUGAGACAUCAGGUGGGACUGUCCCACCCCUGGGGUACCCCAGCACCGUGGCAGAAAACACGCAACAGGAAGACUUUGGUCUCCCAAGACGCUGUCCCGUCCCCUUUGGGGGAAACCUGGGGGUGGUGGAAAGGGGUCCUGCUCUGUUGCUCCUCAUUAGCCUGGCUGGAGGGAAGCUGCAAAUAGAUCUAUUUUCUUAGCA